AUGCUUCCUUCCACUUCACGAGAGGGCGAUCCUGCUAGGAAUGCCGAUCCCAUAGAUGAAGAUCUUUCUAUUCUAGACAAUGAUGCGUCUAUGCCAAUCGCGGUUGUUGGUAUGGGGUUUAGAGGUCCCGGCGAUGCAACCAAUAUCGAGAAGCUAUGGGCGAUUAUGCGUGAGGGUCGCAAAGCUUUUGGAGUACUACCUAAGCGUGAGAAGCCGUCCAGUUAUGAAUCAAAGGGCGCGGAACGAGGGCACUUUCUCCAAGAAGACAUCUCAUUGUUUGACGCUCCAUCUUUCGACCUGAACAGCGAUGAGGCAGCAAUGCUACAUCCGCAAGAACGUCUUUUGCUCGAGGUCACGUAUGAAGCGCUUGAAAAUGCUGGCAUAGCACUGGCCGCUCUAUCCAGAACGCGGGCAUCGUGCUUUGUGGCUUCGUCGAACUGCAGUUCUACGCCUAGGGAGCCCAGCGCAGGCCAGUCCGAAUCAAGCAUAGCACGUCGUGUAUCAGAGAAUUUUCAUUUUGAGGGCCUCUCGGUCACGCUGGAUACGCCCUGCUCCGACAGCCUUGUUGCCCUGCACCUAGCGUGCCAGAGCCUUCGAAGCUCCGAGUCGGCAAUGGCCAUUGUGGCGGGGGUGAAUAUCAUCUCGAGCCCUGAUCGCUUAGAUACUGCAUCAGAUACCCCGGCUCUGCUCCCGAACGGGCGGACCCUCAGUCAAAAUGCCGGUGGCUGUGAGAUGGGCGAAGGGAUAGGGUGCUUGAUCCUAAAACCUUUGAAGAACGCCGUGCAUGAUAAUGAUCCGAUUCGAGCUAUCAUUCGCGGUUCAGGUAUACACAGCGGUGGAAGCACGGAACCCACAAGGGUUUUUAACGGAAGAGCCCACAAUGCCUUGAUACAGAGCGUUUACGAUACAGCAGGCCUUGUCGCGCAGAGUACGGAGUUUAUUGAAAUCCAUGGCCUAGAGGCAAAAACCGACUAUUCAAAAACGGUCGCAGCUUGUACGAGUCGUUUUGGACUGAGACAUCCACAAGAUCCUCUUCGGUUAGGAUCACUCCAGGCAAACAUUGGCCAUUUGGGAGGCGCAAGCGGCGUGGCCAGUGUUAUCAAGACAGCGUUGAUGUUGGAGCAACAGAUGUUUCUACCUAGUGGCGAUUUGAGUGGCUUGCUCGGUGAAGCUAUGGACGAAGAGUGGAAUGUCAAGCUUCCAGUCGAAUGCGAGCCCUGGGAUACUCGGGGGCCGCACCGCGCAUCUGUCAUCAAUCUCAGCCCUCAAAAUACAGCUCAUGUGAUUUUAGAGGACGCUGCGGGCUACUUGGCUCAACGGCAUUUGGCCAUUGUCGAAAGUAGAAUUCCGCAGGAACGUGGAAGCCGGGCCCGGAUUUUCUUAAUCUCAGCUAUGGAUGAGCAGUCGCUUAGAAGUCGGAUUCAGAGUCUUCAGAUAUAUCUACAAGGAAACGCUGAUGAUUCGAGCGACGAGUGGAUGAACAACCUCGCAUUUACUUUGAGCGAGCGACGCACAGCGCAUUUGUACAGGACGGUGGUAAUCAGCGAGUCUGUCACGAAACUCAGGACUCGGUUGGCUUCCCGAGUUAAAAUCCUCAACGCCAACAAGACGCCGGUCGUUGGAUUUGUCUUUACUGGGCAAGGUGCACAAUGGCCUGGUAUGGGGAAGGAGCUGCUGGACUCUCACCCAGUAUUUCGUCAAUCUAUGCAGCGAGUGAACAGCUACAUGAGCCGGCUUGGGGCGCCUUACAACAUCAUAGACGAGAUACUGAAGAAUAAGGACACCUCAAACCUGGAUGACCCGCUCCUCAGCCAACCCAUUUGCUCUGCUCUGCAGAUAGCGCUUGUCGACCUGCUGGCAGCAUGGGGCAUACACCCCGAUGCAGUAACUGGUCACUCCAGUGGCGAGAUCGCAGCUGCCUAUGCUGCAGGGAUGUUGACAAUGGAAGACGCCAUCACGAUAGCUUACUAUCGUGGCGUCCUCGGUAGUGCGUUGUCCAAAAGGCAAGCCCGAGGGGCAAUGACCGCCGUGGGGCUGUCGGCGUCUGAUGCAGAACCGUAUGUUGCAGCUCUCAAGACAGGCAAAGCGACCAUUGGCUGCAUCAACAGCCCAACUAGCGUCACUGUAUCCGGCGACGCACCAGGGAUUGAGGAGCUGGAAAUCGUCCUCGAAGCCAAGGGAGUGUUUGUCCGGCGACUGGAUGUGGAUGUUGCUUACCACUCCCACCAUAUGGACUUGGUUGCACGUGAAUAUCUUGACGCCAUGGCAGGCAUCAUCCCAGUGACAGUUGAUGGCCAUGGCAGACGAGUGCAAUUCUUCUCGUCUGUUACUGGGUGCGAGAUCUUUUCUGCAGAUCUUGGCCCACAAUACUGGCUGGAUAACUUGGCAGACCAGGUUAGGAUGGUUGAUGCAAUCCAGGCACUGUGCUUUGGAACCAAGAGUCACGAUUCGAAUGCACAGUCGAACUCCAGCGUUGCGGUCGACUCUCUGGUCGAGAUAGGGCCUCAUGCAGCCCUCGCUGGCCCUAUCCGGCAAAUCCUGAAAGCAAGCUGCGAUCUAGACAAAGCGAACAUUGAAUAUACCAGCGUUUUGAUCAAAGGCAUGGAUGGCACAUCAAGUGCAUUGACCGUGGCCGCCGCGUUGGUUGUCAAGGGAUUGCCUGUGAAUUUCCAAGCGGUUAAUCGUCCCGACGCCAUAUACAAGCCCCAAGUACUGGUUGAUCUUCCUCCGUACAACUGGAAUCAUGCGACCUCCUACGGCAUGGGGCCGCCCAAAAGUGAUGCUGUCCAAACCCGCCUCUACCGAAGUCAAGAUACGAUUGGCAAAUCAAGCACGUCCUAUCCUGGUCCCGAAUUUUCAACUAACGGACCGGAUAAUCGAACCGUAUACAAAGUAGUCUGGAAACCAGCAGAGGAAACCCUAUCCCAGAUUCCGCCGGGGACAUCCCCCAUCGUUGCUCGCAAAUCCCGGCAUCCUGCCGCGGCGAAUUCAAGCACAGUCCAGAUUAUUAGGGAAGAUGGCGACUCUGGGGUGUGUAUACCACACUUACAGAACCUACUGGAGUCCUGUAAUUGCACAGUUGGCGUCUCUGACAUACAGCGCACCCGAGACGAGGACAUAGCAGGGAAGUUUUGUAUUGUCCUUAGCGAACUCAAAUACUCAAUACUCGGCCUACUCGAAGAUAGCACACUGCGAACAAUCAAGCGCAUGCUCCAGACCGCAGCAGGAGUCCUCUGGGUUACGCGAGGUGGUACCGGAAACCCAACAUAUCCCGAAUCGUCUUUGAUCAAUGGCUUUGCCCGCUCAGUUCGCUCAGCGUCUUGCACCAAAUUGUUCGUAACACUUGAUCUAAACGGCGAAGGUUUUCUCUAUCCUCAGCAGGCAGCGGAGGCGAUUUACGAUCUUUUCUAUGGACGAAUACUCCAUCCCCCUUCGACGGUGUGCCGUGAAUCAGAGUAUGCUGAAAGACAAGGGGUGCUCCAUGUUCCUCGAGUUGUGCAAGACCUCCGUUCGAUUGAGAGACUUGCAAGCAUUUCUGACGCUCAAGAAAAAGGGGAUUCAGAUAGCCUCUUUCGUGCGGAUGCGUCCUACAUGGUUGUAGAUGCUGUGGGAAAGCUUGGCAUUGCGGUUGCAGUCUGGAUGGUUGAAAAGGGUGCCAGGAAUAUCAUAUUGGUGACGCAUUAUGGCAUAACCGAUGCGGUGUCUAAAGAUACGAUAGAGGUCCGGAAAAGCAAAGACGUGAACUUUGUCUCGAAGACAGUCGAUAUUUCGGACGCUGACAGUGUCGCGGCUCUGGCAGCUGAUCUUGCAGAUACAGCGCCGCCUAUACGCGGUGUCAUCCACGUUGCCACGGCAGUCAAACAUGUUCCCUUUCACGAAAUGACAACCGCAGAUUAUCAUGCCGUCUUCCAGCCAAUGUAUCACGGGACCUGGAACCUCCAUCGCCACCUUCCAAGAGAUCUAAACUUCUUCAUCAUGGUCUCCUCAGUUAGCCACAUGCUGAGUACCGCAACCCACGCAGCCUAUUCCGCGGCCUCGUCAUUAAUGGACAGCUUUGCCGCGUACCGGAACCGAGCCGGUCUCCACGCCGUAUCUAUUCAUCUUGGCCAGAAUGCAGAGAACAAUAUAGAACAAACGGCUGAAGGGUCGGCAGAGCUGAGGACACACAUAUCUGAGAGCACUGAUACAGAGGCUCUCAUGUCGUUCCUCGAAUUGGCGAUUACAUCGCAACCGCAAUCAGACAUCAACCAUUCGUCUCAGCUUAUUGCUGGAAUUGGGGGGUGGAAGGAGGGCACAUCAUUGUCUGAUCUUGGUACAUCGCUUGUUGCUUCUCCUCGGCGAGAUAUUUAG